AUGCUGGCGUGUGGCUCCGCAAACGGCAGCAAUUACCCCAGUGGUAACGGCUGCAGCAGCAACAGGAACGCAUCGCCAACAUUAGCGCCCUCCGAGGCGUCUCUGUAUAUGCCAGCUUCCCUCGCCCACCCACUGCUGCAGAGCAGCUGCAAAAGCAGCACGUGCUCGUGGGGCACUCGAAUCUGGAGUUGCGACAAGGGCAAAACUUGCAGCAACUGCAGCUGCCGCUGCUUGCAGCCGCAGAAGCACGACCUACGCCAGUGGACAAAGCCUGCAGAGGCUCUCAUACAGCAUACAUGCCUGCUUCUUCUGCUUGUCGGAUUCUUCUGCUUCUCGCUUGCGGCGGCUGUAUAUCGGCUGCUGCUAAACUCGGUUGUAGCUCUAGCCCGUAGGCGCACGCUGCGGCAGCAGCCUAGUAGCGUGGUCAAGAAUGCUGUUGUACCUGUGGGAGGAGGAGCUGCAGCACCAGCAGCUGCUCCUCCUCCUCAUUUGCUGAUCGUAUUCAAUAGCAACGAGCUGCUGCUGCUGGCAGCAGCGGAAGCAGCGUGCAGUGCCGCCGCAGCAACCGCAGGAGCAGCUGCUGGCACCAGCGUGUGUGUACAGGAGCUGCUGCUACCAGCGGUUGUUGCUGCGUUUCUUGGGGGCCUUAGCCACUUAACCUUCAGCGAUGCUCCGGGUGUCUGUUCAUUGAAGCAGCACAGGCAGCAGCUGGUGGAGCAGCUGCAGCAGCUAAGUUUGGAGGCAUGGGAAGAGACAAGCGCACCACAGCAGCAGCAACAGCAGGAGCAGCAGCAGAAGAACAGGCCCCUUAACGAAGACUUGUUGGUUCUACACUCACCUAUCUUAAUCUGCGUGCGUCGGGGAGGACGGGAGCAGCAGCGGCAGCAUGAAGGCAAAGGGGAUAUCCUGAAGGUGAGGCUUCUCUGUGGCUGCAGCGCCCUUCCGGAGUUGCUCAAUCUGUACGCUGCAAACAGGCUCACGCGUGUCAGCCGCAGAAACUGUGGCAGCUUCAAUUGCCCUAGCACCCACAGUAGGAAUAGCGCCAGCAGCAGCGGUCAGCAGACUGUCGAAAGAGAGAGCAAUGGGAAUACUCUUCGCCAGGGGAUGCCUAGAUACGGGCACGGAGGCGAGGAGGGCUGCAAGUUUUCGCCGCGCAGUGAGUUGCGGCAGCAAGGCGCUGGUGCUGCAGCAGAGCAGCAUGUGCAAGACGACUGCGUCAGCAGCAGCAACGUGAAUACUGGGAGCGCACAUUAUACGCUUCCGAGCGAAGAGGUAAUUCGUGCCUCUUCUGUAUACGAGCAGCUAUUGACAGGUGGCGAUUUUCCGGUGCCACGGUGUUUGCUGCGGGCAGAGCUUCCUCUGCUGCUCCUCCUGCGCUCUAUUGCCGAGGUAUGCUCAACGGCAACUUGGUAUCUUGCCUGCCGGGUCACUCAGGGUGUAGCCUCACGACUCCUCCUGCGUCAAGACGCUUCGAAGCAGCAUCACAGGAAAGCCUAUGGAGCCACCCUUUGGGAGCUGCCCCAGCAGCUGCUGUUGAUGCUGCAGCUGCUGCUUCCUUCGCUGCUUGGACGGCUGCAGGAGGAGCUGUCACCUUUUGGGUGUCUGACACCCUUCUCUGCCUGCAGUGUGCCCCCGCUAUUACUGGCGGAAGCUGAGUUGCUCGGCCGCUGCGUCCAGCUGCGGCAGCACCAGCAGCAGCCGCCGUUGCAGCAGCACUGGGAGCACAGGGAAGCCAGCCUUCCGUUGCAGCAACACGAGACAAGGGGUCUAGCAACACGCGUGCAAGAGACUCUAGAGGCCUUUAGGCUACGACACUUAAGACUGGGCCGCUAG